UCCUUUUUUAGUUCUGUAGAAAUUUGUUACACUGCGUAAGUUAAUCAUCAACUGUAGGGAGGAGCAACAAGCGAAUUUUUUUAUGAUGCUCCAGCCGUUAAAGUUAAUUCCGAAGAGGAGAAAUUUAAAUUGAAGGAGGAGCUACACAAGUCAUAUGAAGAACAGCUUAAGAGAAUAACCGAGACGGUAAUGAUUUGCGAUAUCAUACAUUAAUUUGUGCAUAAUUCAUCAUAAACUCGCAUGCAUCUGUUUUUUUAUGUAGGUUAAUUUGAAGCUAAAAGAGAGCUCUGAUAAGCUCGCACAACAAAUAGCAGAGCAGGUAAAUGCUCGACUCAAGGCAGAAAUUAUGACACUUUCCGCUCAAGUGAAAUCAAAUGAUGAAAUGUAUAAGAUGAGAUUGGAGUUAUUAGAGACUGCUCAUCGAAAGGAGAACGAGAAACAGAGGCAGCAACGACAUCAAAUAGUAGUAAGCCCAUGCGCUUUAUUAUCUGUUAUUAAUAAGAGUAUAUAUAUGCUUUAAAAACCAUUUCCGGCAUUUACUUUUAAACUUAUGUAUGUUUGUGUAUUUCUUUGUCCAUGUUGGGGUUCAAAUUAAGUCCCCUGCACCUCCAAGUGAGGUUAAAACUAUAUUAUUAGUUGGAAAAACAGGUAAUGGGAAAAUUGCAACAGGAAAUAGCAUCAUUGGAAGAAAGUUAUUCAAGUCAAUGUCUGGGCUUGCUCCCAACUUUUCUACUUCUGAGCAAAUUAAACUAGAAAAUGGCCAAACUCUGAAUGUGAUUGAUACUCCAGGAUUAAUUGAUUCUGGUGAUACUGAAUUUCUUCAAAUGGAAAUUGCUAGAUGCGUUGAUUUGGCAAAUGAUGGUUUCCAUGCUAUUGUUCUCGUCCUGACAGUCCGAUAUCGCUUUUCAAGAGAAGAUGAAGCAAUUCUGGAAUUCAUAUCUUCUUUUUUUGGUCCGAAAAUUAUUGACCAUAUGAUUGUACUUUUCACCGGUGGUGAUGAAUUUGACGAUGAUGUGACUCUUGAUCAUUACUUGGAAUAUUAUCACCUUGAACCCUUGAAGGAAAUUCUGAGGAAGAAUGGGAACAGACGUGUGCUCUUUGAUAACAAAACAAAAGACGAAUUCAAGAAAUCUAAACAGUUGAAGAAACUUCUUAUCUUAGUAGAUGCGGUUGUAGAUAAAAAUGGUGGAAAACCGUAUACAAAGAAGUAG